CUCGAAUUGCGUGCGAGAUAGCAUUACUCGUGUGUUCUGGAAGCGAAUGUCUUUUUUCCCAGCUUUCCGAAGAUUAAACAAACCAAGAUGAUCGCACAGCACUCAGUUCUUCGAACAGUCUCGCGAGCCAACUCAGCCGGAAUCAAAGGUUUGGAAAAAUUGUUCACAAUCUUGAGAAUAAUCACCGUACGACAUAUCAUAAAAUUGGAUUCCCAGAUCGGGUUGAUCUACGAUGUGGUAUUCAACGUUGGAAAUUUUAUUGGUAGCUUCAUGCGUCUUUGAUUAUACCGCUCAAGCUCACUGGCAUAAUGGGCGCAACGGACCAUUUUACGGUGUCAGAAUUACAGCACCGUCAAACGUAUGGUCAGAUCACUUACAAGAACAAUAUAAUCAACACAUGCAAGCCUUACAAAAACACAACACUGAAUUAUUCGAUCGCUUGACGAAUCGUAUGGGGACUCGUACGUCUUCUCAGCAACCGUGCACACCCGGAAAUUCCGAAAGUCGUCUUGAUAAAAUCGAGAAUAGUUUAUCAAGAAUCGAACAGCUUAUUUCGCAGAGCAAUGAAAAUCUAGCGACAGUUUUAGAGAAACGACUGGAAGCACGGUUGGAUAGAAUCGUCGAAGAAAUCGGUGAGGUCAGCAACCAUCUGAAAAAAACUUCGUCACCCACCGUCUCUACUCCAGCGAUUUCGGAAACAGAAUUUUCGUUGAAGCUGAAUGCAAUCGAAGAUCGAUUGAAGGAACAAGUUGGCCGAAUAGAACUCAAGGUGGACGCAAUGGCUUUGAUGAAUGUACAAGAAGCUUCGUCGCAGACCGAGAAAUUAAAAUCUGUAUCGACGACGGUAAAGGACGUCAGCGAUAGAUUAGAAGAUGUCGAAGAUUCGCUGAAGAAACUUCACUUGACCGCAGAAAACUCGACGGCUUGUAGUGAAGCAAUUUCGCAAGGUCAACAGAGCACACUUGGCGACGUCAGAGAAGUCACGACAAGCGUAGAGAAUCUGGUUCGAAACAUAUCAACGCUAUACGAUGACAAGAUUUUGCACAACCAGACUCUAGCCGUUUUACGAGAAGCUCACAAUGCGCUAGAAGUUAAAGUUAAGCUCACGAUCAGUGGGAUGAUGAGUCAAGUUACCGCAAACGAAAAGGAAAUGAAGAAAAGCGUUGAAGCAUUGAGAUCCGAUCUAGCCAGUAAAACAGACUGUGAUAAUGUGAACAGAGAGUUACGUAAAAUCUCUGAUACACAAGUGGCCACGGUUUCGGCCAUUGCCAACGUACUCAACGCCACCGACAAAAUCGGAGUGGAAGUCCAGCAGAGAUUCGUAGAAUUUGGUGAAACGAUCGACAAUCAGACCGCCAACGCUGGACUAACAUUUGAUCGCAUUGCAGGGGAAAUUAUGAGUAACCAUAAUCAAGCGCUUGCCAAUUCGGAAAACGUUACGUUACAUGAGUUACAGAAGGCCAUGUCUCCGAUGAUUGCGAUCCAACAAAAAAUAACGUCAACUGCUGGGACGCUGGACGAGUUGCAUGACCAAAGCGGUGUUUGUAUCAACGGUGUGACGUCUGCACUGAGAGCGAUAACAUCCCAGGAGAAUGCUAGAAAAGAGCGAGAGCGUGAGAUCGAUUCCAAUUUGAGCUCAAUGUUGGAAAGUGUUGCCGUCGUGACCCAGGAAUUUGAUCACAUAAAAACGGGGCUGGACGCCGCAAUGGAAAGCAUAAAAGCGUCGUUAGAAGAAAUGCAAAAAAAGACGAAUGAGCUAUUGAGCGACCCAGUAAAGUGUGAGGCUCAGCCGGAUAGAAUCCACAUUGCUGACAUCCAUGCGGUAUAGUCUUUUAUUUUGACGUAUUCAUGAUUCACGGUCUUCGAUGAUACCUGUACCGUUUACCCUAUAUCCCGUUGGUGGGAGAAAUGGGAAACAAAUACCUAUGACCCACCCGCCAUGUUCGAUUUCUGUUUGUUCAAAGUUUCCGCAAUAAAAAACAAUCUCCGAAAA